UCCAAAUCUCGUUUAUUCUCGUCUGAGAAAACCAAAAUGGCGGCGGCACUUUGUAGAACGUUUGUAGGUCUCACAAGAAGGACUGUUCUUACUCACCAAGUGAGGGUAUUUUCUGAUAAACCUUCCGGAGAAAGAGACAUAGGCGAAAGCGGCAUGCAUGCUAUUUUCCCUCCGGAAGAAAGUAUGGAGGGGAAAGUUGAAAUGCCAGAGUCUUUUAUGCCCAGUACUCUUGGUCACAUGUUGGGAGAGGAGAGAGAUGAAGUCUUGACUAAGUUGGGUGGUGCUAAGGAUCAUUAUGACUUUGAUGGACAGGUUGUAGGUGACCGAGAGGGCACAAGGGAUUCCCCCAUCCUUGUGAGAUCCGAGAGUGACCACAGAGUUGUUGGAUGUCUUUGUGAUGAUGAACAAGUCCACAUUAACUACAUGGUGUUAACAACUGGCAUGCCCAAGAGAUGCAUGUGUGGAUUUUGGUAUAAGCUUAUCGAAGCAUAGAAUAUAAACAUGCUUCAGAAGUUUUACCUCAAUGUUUUGCUGUUAAUCAUCAAACUAGAAACAGUUAACUGAUUUGCACAUCUGGAGAACUACUAAAAAUAUGAACUUAGAUGGAUGUCAUCUGGAUAUAAUGACAAUUGAUAGUUCAGGUGUUUUAAAUCAUAAUAGAUUAUAGAACUUGAUUUGUGUUGUGCAGCUGAUAUGUGGAAGUGUGAAUGAAUUUGAAAUAUUAAAAUCUUGUUCCAAGUUA